CGGCAGCCGAGAAACGUGAACGCGGAAGUGAUCCUCACUGCUGAAACCUACAACUCCGCCCUUGGUUACGUUCCACUCUGUGCCACCUGCGGCUGCGAGGACACGCUGCUGCGGUACACUGAUGCUGCAUUUUAUAGGGUAAAAAAACACGUUCCAGUAUCCAGCCGAGGGCUACGUCUGUUUUAUUUCUUUAAAAAAAGACACUGAUGGUUAAAUAAAUAAAUAAAUAAGAAAGAAAGAAAGAAAGAAAGAAAGAAAGAAAGAAAGAAAGAAAGAACAAUGUUCACUUCUUUAUGCCUUUAAACAACAUAGACCAUAAUGCACUUCGAAAAGCGACGUCACUCCUCUCGGCACCGGUCUGGCUGCCAGUCUGCCACAGACAGCUGAGGAUUUCCAGACGGGGGAUCCCAGCUCAGUGCGGCCUUGUAAUAUCGAAACGUUUGAGUCUACAGUGUGUUUAAAUGGCGAAAACGUACGAUUAUCUCUUCAAGCUGUUGCUCAUCGGAGACAGCGGAGUCGGCAAGACAUGUCUGCUGUUCAGAUUCAGCGAGGACUCCUUCAACACCACCUUCAUAUCCACAAUAGGAAUAGAUUUCAAAAUCAGAACGAUAGAGCUGGAUGGAAAGAGAGUCAAACUUCAGAUCUGGGACACUGCAGGACAGGAGAGGUUUCGCACCAUCACUACAGCUUACUACAGAGGGGCUAUGGGCAUUAUGUUGGUCUAUGACAUCUGCAACGAGAAGUCCUUUGAAAACAUAAAAAACUGGAUUAGGAAUAUUGAAGAGCAUGCCUCGUCUGAUGUGGAGAAGAUGAUCCUGGGUAACAAAUGUGACAUGACUGACAGGAGACAGGUGUCCAAAGACAGAGGUGAAAAACUGGCUAUUGAUUAUGGUGUUAAGUUCUUGGAAACCAGCGCAAAGUCCAGCUUAAAUGUAGAGGAGGCUUUUUAUACUAUGGGAAGAGACAUAUUACAUAAUCUGAGCUCAAAGACAACUGACAACAAUACCGGAGGGUCAGGCAAACCGGUCAAGAUCACAGAGAAGAAGUCGAAGAGAAUUAAAUUCUUCAAGUGUUCAGUCCUCUAGGCUGCUUAUCUCUGGUGUUCACGGCUCACAGCUAGCGUGACUUUGCUGUUUUGGACGGUUACUGCCCCCCAGACGUCCUCGCAGCAGUGGCAGCACUGGUCAUAAUCAGAGGGGCCUUACUGCCAGCUGAAGCUCACAGGUUCAUGAGUGGUUGAGAUGCCGUCCUGAUCUGCAUCAGUGAGGAAUGGCCUGAUACUCUUUAUCUGCCCAUCCAAAAGACUUGCACGUGAUCGUCAGCAGUGGUUUGUAGCUGGCCAUGCAGUGUCUGCUCACAGGAAGCAGUGAUUCUGUCGGCAUUUAUGAUACCUCUGGUGGAGCUUAUGAAAAUAUCUCAGUUACACAUAGUUGUCUUAUGAAUGUAAAACUAUGAAAAAAAAAUCAUUUUUUUCAUAUACUGUAGCAUUACUUUACACACACUACCUACUGUCAUAUUUACUAUGAUGAUUAUGUGAGAUGCACAUAUCAAGUCUCAGCAGUGAUUGUAUUUAUCUGUGUGAAUUAAUGUAUGUUAAUCGACUUAUGGUCUCCAGUUGCACCGCCAACAUUUCUGCUUGUUCAUGUGCACCUAGAAGGAUUUACAGUAUUGUGACAGAAGAGACAAAAGUAUGUAUAAAUACAACCUACUGUAUUCUCUCAAUUUUAUUUUAUUUUUUUUAAUGGAACCUUUAUUUAUACAGGUUUCUGUAACUAAAUGAAAAUGUUAAAGGGUUGUUUGUUUCUUGGAUGCUGUACUUAAUACAUAUUGUUAUGCAGUUGUCAGUAUUUGCAUGAAAGCUGUAGGGACACCUCUGAUUGGGUCAUUAUUAAGCACAUUUUACAAUAUCUCAAAAAAUGUUUACAGACAAUAUUUCAAAGUGUUAAUCAUAUAUAGGAGAUUCAUGUUUUUGCUGUUUGCAUAGUGUAUAUGUAAGCACAAUUAACAGUUGUGUAUAUCCUUUAUUUUCUAAUAAACUGUCCAGCAGGUUCCCUUGACAUCUCCACCAUGAAAACACAAUAACUUGGGAAAGCUGUAAUGUGAAUGAUUGUCUUUGUAAGCAACUGUAUGUUCCGCCAGUGAAAAGUAAAGAAAGUGGAUGGGA